CCUCCUCCCACGCCACGCUCAAUGAAUACGGAGUUUACUCACACUCCCUGAUUUCACUUCUUCGUUCCCGCUCCGCCGUUGUUUUUGUCUUUGUGUGAGUUUUUUUUUCCUGCUCCACUCACGACCUAGGAAUGCCAUGGCCACUCAGAAUAACCAGGAUUACUUCAGGUCGGUCAGCAGCGAGUCCACCACUUACAUGAUGGUGCCGGCGAACACCCGAAAAGAGUCGCCGUCCAAACUGUGGAUUGCCAUGGUGGUGAUCGUGGUGGUGGUCCUGCAGAUAGCCUCCACCACAGGGCUCUUCGUCUACUUAAACAUGUCCUUAUCCCACGUGAAGAGCCAGGGAGUAACAGAGGAACUACGAUGCCUGGGAUUGCUCAACGCCCUGGACAAAAACAGGGAUAUCCCCGAGGAUCUGGCCCAGCUGUUUGGAGAACCCUGCAUUAAACUGGCUGAAGGCAUCAAGGCCUACAUCUCAAAGGUCACAGAGAAUAUCAUCUCCAAACACACAUUACAAGCAAGAACCAUGCCUCGCACUUACAACACAACAGGGUCUAAAUUUGUGACACAGAGGCCGUCGGCCCACCUUACCCUCAGCAGCCUACAAGGUGUAACCUCUCUGUAUCCCAACCCCCAGCCGGACCUGCACCAGUCUUGCCGCCACCCCGUGCGAUCCUGGGCCAACCAGAGCUUUGGGGCGCACCUCCACAACAUGACGCUGGCCAACGGGCGCCUUCGUGUGCCUCAGGACGGCCGCUACUACCUGUACGCUCAGGUGUACUUCCGCUAUCCAUCACCCAGUGAGGGCGAGCAGCACAGCACCAGCCACCAGCUGGUCCAGUGCAUCUAUAAGAAGACCUCCUACCUGAGGCCCAUCCAGCUGCUGAAGGGUGUGGGCACCAAAUGCUGGGCACCGGACGCUGAGUACGCCCUGCACUCUGUGUACCAGGGGGGUCUGUUUGAGCUCCGCGCCGGGGACGAGGUGUUUGUGUCCGUUUCCUCUCCAUCCAUGGUGCACGGGGAGGACUCCUCCAGCUACUUCGGAGCUUUCCGUCUGGACCUGUGAGGGGUAAAUUAAAAAGACUGUUCCAAAACUACAAUACCCACAAGGCACUGGGAGGAUUCUUUUUUUUUUUAAGUUGACCCUGGGAGAUGGAUUAAACAUUGCUUUGUUUAUUUUGCCUUUGAUCAAUCAAGAAUUCUUUAUAUAUAUAUGUGAAGGAAGUGGUUUUCAAGACUUUUGGACACCGUUUAUUCUUUUUUUUUUUAAGGCGGAAGAAUGUAUGUAUAUUUCUAAAACCACAUCAAAGAUGUGGAUCUUGGAAACGGUAGCAAAAAUGAAAAAGGACGGCAAGCAUGGCCAGGACUUCGCAAGGCUGCAUCUGUGCCAGUCGUGUACACGUCAGAUGUUCAGAGGUGAAAACGGAGUUUUUUUCCCUUCACCCAGAGCACGGCGUCUGGGUACAUCGGAUUUAACACAUUUAAAAGAAA